AUGUGGCCUCCCAGCCACAGCAGCUCCUCGACCUCGACUGGGGACGAAGACCCAGGCCUCGGGCUUCGUGUCCUCCACAAUCCCGAGGCUCCCUCUGUCGAUGUCAUCUUUGUCCACGGCCUCGGCGGGCACAGUAGCAAGACGUGGUCAAAAAAACAUGACCCAAAACUCUUUUGGCCCCAGCUUUGGCUGCCGUUUGAGCCAGAAAUGGGAACGGCACGCAUCCUCACGUUUGGCUACAAUGCAAACUGGCACGACUCUUCUAACACUGCUGCUAGAAUUGAGGAUUUCGCCAAAGCACUGCUUUAUGAAAUGCGCUUUGCCCAAGACGGCUCUGGCAAAAGCCUUGGCAUUGGAUCCCACCCCCUUCUCUUUGUUGCACACAGCAUGGGUGGACUAGUCGUAAAGAAGCUCGUUCUUCUCGGCAUCCACGACGAGACUUACAAAGACCUCAUUGCAUCCGUAUCCGCAAUCAUAUUCUUGUCCACCCCACAUCGUGGCACCCACCUGGCCGAAACACUGAACCGAUUGCUGGCUGCCUCUUUCCAAUCGCCCAAGAACUUUGUCUCUGACCUCGAAAAAUGCUCUCCAGUCAUCUCAGAUCUGAACGAACAAUUUCGGCAUUUUGCGACGAGAUUCUCCAUAUGGUCCUUUUACGAGACCCUCGCAACUACCAUCGGUCCUAAGAAGAUGAUGGUUCUUGAAAAGGAUUCGUCUGUACUUGGAUAUCCCACCGAGAUUUCUAAACCUCUGAACGCAGACCACCACGAUGUCUGCAAAUACUCCAGCCCCUCUGACAACAAUUACAUUAACGUCCGAAAUGCCAUACGAUCUCAUGUAUUGCUUUAUCGCAGGACAGACCGGGAAGAGAGUAAGAGUGACCUGGAGACAGAGGAUAUCCAAGAGCUUUUCUCCGACUGUCCCUCUUCUGACGGAGACUACAACACUCUUCAGCAGAAGCUAGUUCCUGGUACCUGUGAAUGGUUUGUUCGACAGCCUGCCAUAAAAUCCUGGAUUCGGCCAUCACAAGAACCGCAUGUGGCUUGGUAUCACUCCAGCCCAGGCAGUGGGAAAUCGAUGCGUGCGUCAUUUUUGAUCAAACACCUGACGGCUUCUGGAAGCGCCUGCCAAUUUUUUCUAUUUAAAUCCUCUGAUGCAGCCAAACGCUCCGUUGCCAACUGCCUUCGCUCGCUCGCUUGCCAGCUUGCGAGGGAUUUGCCUGCGUUCAAAAAUUCACUGCAUACAGCAUCGCCCCAUAGCCUGGGCUCUGGUUCCCCAGAACCCUUGCUUCUAUGGCAAGAUAUUUUUGAGCGGCGCCUGUUUCAGAUAAAACAGGUCGAUCCUGUCUACUGGGUCAUUGACGGCCUGGACGAAUGUGACUCACCAAAGGCUCUGCUAUACUGCCUACAAAACCUCGCGGAAUCCAAACUGCCUAUCAAGGUCAUGAUCAUGAGUCGCAAUACCGAAGGGAACUUUCUUUGGACAAAGCUCGUUCUGGACGAAAUUCUGGACUGCCACACAGAAGACAGCGUCAAGGAUGUUCUUGCCGAGGUCCCCGACGACAUGAUGCUUCUUUACAAGCGCAUGGAGCAUAAUCUUGUGUUAUCGAAGAAGAAAUCCAGCCCGUCUCUUGUGGCGUCUAUCAGAGCUAUUUUAGAGUGGACUACGUGCGCCCAACGGUCGCUCAGUGUGGCUGAGCUCUCACAGGCAUUGAAAGAAGAACUUCCUGGGCUUCUGGAUCUCAAGCGGACCAUCACGGAUAUCUGCGGCCAAUUUAUCUUGGUGGAUAACGAGGACACGGUUGCAAUGGUUCACCACACAGCUCGCGAGUAUUUCACAGGCAUGCGAGGAAGGACGCCUCAGAUACAUAGCUGCGAGGAUCUCGACUACGUCGACAGUUGCGCCAAUGAUCUUCUGAACAUUGUCGGAAAGUUUGGUCACAACAUCGGAAAAGACCCCAUGGUGAUGUACGACAUCGUUCCGGCCUUCUGUCCCGCAAACUCGAUUGUACACAAACAAUUCUACGGCCCACAGUCGUCAAAGAUCAGGGUUCAUGGGGCAAACAAAACCGGUUGGAACGACAGGAUUGGGCGGUUUGGUCUUCCAAAUGAUGCUGAAGCUUGGAACAUAACGUGCGCGGGGACACUGAUCACCGUUCUGGGACCCAAUGGUGUGAUCACCCUCUGGAAUGCUAUUGACUUCAGUGAAGUCGGUAUGAUCACACACGGGGAACCUGUAACGGCUACCGCACUGAGUGACAAUGGCCAAAAGCUGGCAACAUACGGCCUUGCCACCACCAAGCUAUGGGCCAUCCCUGCGGGAAAGCUGCUCUCCUCCACUCAAAAUCCGGCAAAUAUCAAAGCAGUCUCACUGGCAUUCGGAGAUAAUGACGGGACGCUUUGGGUUAGUGGCGACGACAAUGUCGUGAGGCAUACACAGCUCGAGUUUCUUGGCCAGGGGUGGCAGGUACCUCAUCCACAAAUGCUUCGAGAUAAUCAUCGUAUCGUGGGUGCUAUUACUAGCUCACCGACGUGUGUGGCGUUUGAUGGUGACAGACGAUAUAUGGGAGCAUCCUACAGAGGAUCACCGCUCUCUGUGUGGAGGCUUGAAGAUGGAAAGCAUGUGAAAAUAUGCAAACGGGCAAAGACUUUCCAGCCGGGUGGUAUGCCUCAGGCUUCGGCCAGCUGGGCUUCCGUUAAACGUUUCACGUGGAAUCCAGUAACAGGCCACCUUCUUGGCAUUUAUGCUGAUGGGUGCGUCUUCAAGUGGCACCCCAUCACGAACGAAAAUGUGGAGGAACAGCAAGCAGCUGACGAGAUUGCCGCAAGCCCGAACGGGCUCUUGUUUGUAACGAGCAGCAGCAACGGCUCUGUACUGAUAUGGGACUUUGCACGCUUCAAAGUCAUCUCAUGCGCUUGGGCAUCUGCCGGGUAUGAUGUUAAAGUCCGAGGCCCGAGUCUCGAGCAGCGUUCUCAAUGUUUGCAAUAUGUCGACCACAACUUGGACACAUACCUGCAGCAGACAUCCGGAAACAAGGGUACCGUUCAUGUAUUCGAGGACGCCUGGCUUGUUAUAGAAGCUGUACCAGAGAAGAUCGAGCUUAAGAUCGCCACGUUCGCUGCACUGGACGCCAUCGCGCCGCAAGAUUGUAUUCUUUGCACCAACUCCUCCUCAUACAAGUCAUCUGAGAUGUUCUCCAAGGUCUCGGAGCCGAUGAAGAAUCGUAUCCUUAACGCGCACUACUACAUGCCUCCAGCUUGCAUGGCUGUGGAACUUAUGACAGAUGGAUUUACCAACGAAGCCAUUUUCCCCUUCUUGUCAGACAGACUCAAGGAGACUGCGGCUUUCCCAUACACUGCUAGAAAGGACAGCACAGGCUUCAUCUUCAACAGACUCUGGGCGGCCAUCAAGCGUGAGAUAUUAACGAUCUUGUCUGAGGGCGUAUCCGUUCCCGAGGAGAUCGAUAGCAUCUGGAGCAAGCUGUUCAAUGGAAAAACGUUGCCGUGCAAACUAAUGGAUGAUGUUGGCCUCGAUACUGUGGCAUCUAUUGAAAGCCAUUACAUUUCAGAACGUGGUUUGAGCUCGAAGGCCACUGUUGACUAUCUCAAAAGCACCUAUCUCGAUCACGGCAAAUUAGGUUCCAUGUCCCCCAAUGGAGGCUUGUACCCGCCUAAAGCCAAGACGGAGGAUCAAGAUUGCACUACGUCACCCAGCUCGACUCUGCUCGUUCUCGAUGUCGGUCUAGGUGCUGCUGAACCAAGCACAACAUCAGGAGAGAUUCUUCAAAUUGACACCAACGGUGAAAACCUCAAGACAAUACUCUUAAAGCAAGCAUUGCCAGACGGAAUCGCCGUCUCUCCAUCACGCGGCAAGUUCUACUGGACACAGAAAAGACCUCCCAAGGCAUUAUGUACUCUUCGCAGUCUUUGCACCGCGGCAGCUCUGCAGAUCCUGCUCCAGUGA